AUGUCUCUUCACAACGCUGCAAUUGACCGCCGUACGGGCCACUUUCGCCGUGCUGGCACUGCUGCAGCUGCUAAUGGGAAUGGUGCUGGUGAUAAUGACGAUGGAAACGGCAAUAAUACUGGUAAUGGGAGCGGCAAUGGUUCUGGUCAGGGUUCAUCCUCUGCUGCUGCCUCUUCGUCUACUGCUGAGCCGACUACUGCAGCUGCUACGAGUGCCAAUACCCAGCCCACUUCUCAAUCCGCGAACGCUUCCGGUACUUCACAGAGUAACUCUACGAGCGCAUCGGCUGCCGCAGCUCAAACUUCGUCGUCUUCAAGCUCAAGCUCGGUAGCUCCUACCACUACCUCCACAUCUAGCGCCACUUCCACUUCCACCUCUUCUUCUACUACUUCCUCAGCGACACUUUCAGCUACAUCUCAGACCUCCAGCUCUACAAUUUCCUCUACUAGCCAGUCUUCAAUUCCGGCUUCGACUUCUACCAGCACCCAUCUCUCAACUGUGAUUCCAACUGCUGCUCUCGCGACAGAGGUUCAAACGAGCUCGUUUGCUUCAGUCUCACACAUAUCUACUACCUCUUCUGCAUCCGCUGCUAGCUCGACUUCCUCUGCCAAAGUGUCAGGCGCAAUCAACACUGGUGCUGUUGUUGGAGGCAUCGCAGGAAGUCUCGCUGCCGUUGCAAUCGUCGGAUUCCUUAUGGCCUUCUUUUUGCGCCGUUACAACAGGAAGAAACGUGCAGCUAGAUUCGAGGCUUCACAGUUCCGCCGCUCGGCUAUGGUCCUAGACGAACCAGCAUUUACACCUCGUCCCCCGGAGAUGGUUCAAAAUAGGGAAAACAACUACAUCAGCUCUGUCACCAGUACCACUAGCCCUGGCAUGGCCGGUGCUGGUGCUUACCGCUUCCAGCAGGAUCAUCAGGAUGUCAACCAAGGUCAAGGCCACGGUGCCAGCUUCGACACCGAGCACGAAUAUUACCGUGACCAAGCUGGCCAGCAAUAUUAUGAUGAAGCUCCUCCUGUUCCUGCCGUCCCUAUGCAGCGUGCUCCGCUUCAGCCCCGACAACAAUAUACCUUUGGUCAAGUUUCUGUUGGACAGCCGGCCGUCGCUGAAAAUGCAAACCCAUUCGGUGUGGACGAUUACGAUGGUGAACACGUUGCUUACGGUUCUCAGCCUGCCGCAGGAUAUUACGAUAAUUCUCAAGCGUACGGCAACUACGCAGCUUACUCACCCCCUCAGACUGCGCACACUGCUGGGGCUCAUCCUUCUGGUCAACAGGCUAGCAGGGCGAGUAUCAUUGACGAGAGUGAUGCAUACGGUGGUAUCUGA